GCUCAGGUCUCGACCCAAGACGACAAAUUGAAGGAUGCCCAGAUGGAGGCAGCUGAUAAGCCUGAGAAAGUCGUGUUUCCAACCAACGAGUCAUCCGAAACCCUAAUCAGAAUUCGAUACACGGUAUUUGUUGAAAUUUCAUUGCUUUGGAUUGGAUUUAUGAUUGUGUUAUGUUAAAUUGAAUUAGGAGUGCUUUCCUGUUGAAUUUUUAGAUUCUUAGGAGCUUCCCCUUUUUGAAAGUUUGAUGCUUUUAAUCAACUAUUUUCAAUUCUACGUUACUAAUUGUCACCUGAUUCUGUUGUGAAGAAUGAGAAAGUGAUGAUGAAGAAAAGGUAAAGUUUCGUACUUUGGUGUUUGAUCCUGAAGUAGAUUGAAUUUUCACUCUCUCCGAUCAAAUUCUUCUCCUUCCCAAAUUUUCUGCUCAAAUCUCAAAAAUUCCAGGAGCGGAGCGGAAUUUAAAAUGCUCGAGCUCUGCUUCUGUCUGAAUUUAGCAUGUUUGAGAAUUGCUAAUGGAUUUACUAUGUUUCAGAAUUUUGGAUCGUUGGAGUGCGAACUUGGUACUUUGGCAUUUUGAGGUAUAUAAUCAUACACCUUUUUUUUGUUUAGAGCUUAAUCAAGGGAACAUCCUUAUUUAGAUUUUCUUCUCAGUGACAAAGAGAAUUAGGCCUCGGUUUUGUUUACAUGAUUCUCUAAUUUCUGUGAUGUUUGAUAUCUAUUUUAUGGUUUGUGUUUUGUGGAUUUUAGGAAUUUGGAUUUGGUAUAAACUAUUUGCUCAUGUUCUGUUGAAUUAUUCUUCUAUAUCGGUUAACCUUGGUCUUUGGUUUUCAAAUUAUGUUUUUUUUGGGUAUAAAUCUCGGGAUUUUGGGGUUUUUACUGUGGUGGGUUUAUGGAAAUUCAAAUUUUUGCAUUCGCAAAUCCGCAACCGCCGUCGAAAAUCGGAUGGUGGUACUAAUUAUGCUUUUGAGCAAACCUACUUGCAGGUUCUUCCCUCUCUUUCUCUCUCUCUCUCUCUCUCUCUGUAUUUUCUUUUUCCUUACAUUUCUUAGUUUUAAUUCUGUCUUCCUGCCCGUAAAAUUGAGUAAUCAGUAGUAAUGCAUAUGCAAAGAAUGGAUGCACCAAUGUAUAUGCAAAAAUCAUAAGUUUGAUUAAUAUAGAAUUAUAAAUUAUUUUCUGUCUUCUUGCCUGUAAAAGAUGACUGAUAAUGUGUUUUUCUCUGUUAUAUAACCCUCCCAAAGAGAGUGGGAGUGGGUAAUGACAAGGGUAUUUGGCAUGCUAUAGCUCAUUCUUAACAUGCUAUAGCUCAUGUGAAUCAGUUGCAGAGUGAUUUUAGUGUUUGAAUUUCAUCUGUCAAGCAUUAUCUAAAUUGCUUGAGUGCUUCAGUGUUUGUUUGAGUUUGAUCUUUCUAAUUGUAUGUGAAUUUAAUACGUAUGUAGUUGCCCUGUUUGGCUUUGGGGUUUUGAUUUGGUGGUUGUUUGGAUUUGGGAAUUACCAUUGAUAGAUAGCAUUCAAGCAAGAUGCAUAACUCAUAUGCACAUAUUUUUUUCAUAUUCCUUUUCUGCCAUCUCUUAUUUAGAUUUGUGUAAUUGGUUGGCUCAAAGAUGGUUUACAAGGCAGGGCUCUAUAUUCAUCUUAAUAUUGGUCCAUAUAUUUGUUCAUAAUGGAAUUUUGGGAAUGAUCAUUUUCCUUGGCAGUUUUUUGUUUCGUCAAUGAAUUUCUUUUUGAAUGUUUCUAUUUUCUUUAGGGGGUUUCCAGUUUGGCUGAGGUGUGUGUGCUUUUUUUUUUUACUAAGGAUACGUAAUUUUAAAAGUUGACAAUUUCAGUCAUUUGUCUUAAUUAAUCAAUGAUUAGUUUUUUAUCUGCCCCAAAAAUUUUAAUUUUAUUUUCGAGCCCUGAUUUCAUAUUAGGCACCUUAUCUUCAUUUCGAUUGUUCUGUCUCAUAUUGGAAUCUCAACUUCUACCUUUGUAAUUUUGAUUUCAAGUUUUAUAGUUCAUUAGCACAAACAAGAUCAUGAGCAUUUUGGUAGCCUGCAUCUCUCAGUUCUUGGUAUUUCUUCUUACACGUAAUCUGGUUGAAUUUUUUAUUUUGUGGGUUUGGAAAUUCAAGAUUUUUUUUUCGGCAAUUUAUAUUUCCAUUGAAGUUUUUGAACUGUUGUAUUUGGUUGCCAGUAUGAUUACUUAUGAACUAUUUCGCCAUAUGCAUUUGCUACAAAAUGUAAAUUUAUUUUAAAUGCAACAUGUUGAAGUCCUCUGUGCAUUUGCAUAAGCUAUUGUGUGUUGUUAAAAGAGAGAGGACAUCUAGCAUACAGCACACAUGCCAUGUGUGAACAACUAAGUUUGCCAUGGAAGGAUUUCUGGAUUUCUUCGAUGCCCUCUCCUUCAGCCAAACCUCUGCAUUUACAUAAAUUUUUAGAUUUAUUUUUCAAAUCAUUAGUAGCUAUAGAUUUAUUUUUCAAAUCAUAUAGACCGUUAGUAGCUAUAGAUUUAUUUUUCAAAUCAUUUUGGAAAGGAAAAUUAAUGGAUGGUAGAAGUAAAACUGAAAUUGAAAAACACCGAGGUUAAACAUGUACAGUUGAAACUGUACCAUUUGUAUAAUUAAAAAGAAAAUAAAUUAGGAUCACAUGGCUUCACCAACCUCACAGCACACACGCCAUAAGAUGAAAUUUAAUGACUACUCUGUUGCUCAAAGGGAGAUGGAGGGUAGAAGGUAAUGGAAUAAAUCUGUUCUCAAAAUCUGAAAUUGUUUGUUCAUUAUACAACUGUUUUACUUACCAGUAAAAUCCAACUGUUAUAGUUUGAUAUUACAGAUAUGAUAUUCCAAGAAUUAGUUGAAACAGUUUAUAAUCUAAUCAAAUUAGUAAGAAAAACAUAUGUUCCCAUGCAUGUAGAAACUCAGUGGAGAUGAAACUACAUUUGGAAAUGAGGUAGAGCACCAAUGAAGUGAUUAGAGUGCAUGUGUUGUGUGGUCUAAUAUAGGAUGUACAUUAGUUGAAGGAAGGAUAAUGUGACUUAUUGCAUAUAAAUUUGUCAUCAAAUUUGAAAGAUAUUGUACACUUAUUUUGGAGACUGAUAUAUCAUUGUUUGAUUUUAGUCCUUUGUUUUUACCUUGUCAAAUAGGUGGUUUGCUUCUCUAUAUUUUCUCAUUGCCUCCACGCAAAAGGUCAGUUUUGACUGAUAUAUCAUUGUUUGAUUUUAGUCCUUUGUUUUUACCUUUUCAAAUAGGUGGUUUGCUUCUCUAUAUUUUCUCAUUGCCUCCACGCAAAAGGUCAGUUUUCUUUUCUGUCAUUAAAAUAUUCUUAGAUUGUGGUUGUAUGUGUUUGGUUUUUUGCUAUUGUAUCUUUUGAAGUUUGCUUAUUUGUAGAACCUCUGACAAUUGUUGUUUGGUAUGUUUGGAACUGCAGAUAUCCAAAAUUCGUUGACACACUCAGAGAUAUUGAUGACUGCCUCACAAUGGUUCACCUCUUUGUGGCAUUACCUGCUAUUGAGGACAGAAUUGAUGUCAAAUGCAUUCAUAACUGUCGAAGUUUGAGUCUACACAGUUCUGCGGAUUCACUCAAUUGCAACAAUCUCUUCUGCAACACUUGCACCGUGAAAUCGAUGAAAUCGGGUUCCAUUUGUCCAGUUUAUAAAAUUCCAUAUCGACGCAGAGGCACUGGGAAGACUACUCUGUCUACGGAUCAUAAUCAGUAUCUGAUUGGAGAUGAUGAGCACUGCUGGAGCAACAAUGGUGUGUCAAACAUUAAAGGUCGUUGCUAUGCCAAUGCCAAGUGCAUUGAUUUGUUAAAGGACAAGGAACCAGAUAUUUGGAAUGCCAUCAAAUUUGGGACUGGAUCUUGGUGGAUCACUAGGAAGAGAUGCAGCAACCGGAAGAGGAGUACUUUUUGCGACAGAGGCUUUACUCAAUGAGUAUGGAAAGAGCAUCUCCGGACAACGGUGUGUUAUACAGGUACAAUCAUAUUUCACUCCCUCUGGCACUCUCUCUCUCUCUCUCUCUCUCUAAAAUCUCUGUUGGGUUUCUACCAAUAUGUCUCUGUUGGGUUUCUACCAAUAUGUCAAUUUGUAUAAUUUUUUUUUGAUGUGAGAUUUGGUGCAUUUGAUUUGGGUUAUGGUUUGAGAUUUUAUUUGGAAGAUUUCAUUUUUGAGUUGGAUUCAUGGUUUUUGCUUAAGAUCUUUUUUCUAUUUUUUAAUUUUUUUAUGGUCACUGUAGCUUGCUGUGCAUGUGAUAUUUUAUUCCAUGUCCAAUAUUAUCCAAAUUCAUUACUGCGUUACAAGAGCUUGCAACUUAUAA